UUUUAUUAUUGCUUGGCCCUAAUCCUCUUCCGUAUAAAUUGUCCCUAAUUGAGAAUCGUGGCAAAAUAAUUAAACCGUAUCAUGAUCAAACUUCAGAUUUCGUGAUGCCUCACACAGUUUGAUUACAUCAGUUGUAAUAAAAUUGAAUUGUCAUCACCUCUACGAUCCUAAAUCCUACAGAAAAGCAGCCUGGGGCAUGAAGGCCGUCUGCAUCGUUCUGCAGGAGUGGAAAGACUCACUUUGCUGGGUUUGAAGAAGUCUAGGAUCGGUGAACAGAACCAGGAACCAUGGGCGUCAGCAGCAGUUCCAGCACUUUAUCUCGGCUCGUCUUCAUUACCGCUCUGGCCAUCUGCAUGGCUCUUGUGCAGACAGAAACGGUGGCUGAUUCCUCCCCUACACUGCAGAAUGAUAACCAGGACACACUAUCCGGUGCUGGAGCCAUCGAUGUGACAACAAAAGUCCCUUACCAGGACACGACAGAAAACACCUUUGACUAUGAGGACAGUACACAUUUAGUAACCUUGGAUGAGGAAGUUGUGCUGGGGCCAGGUGCCAUCACAGCUAUCGUCAUCGCGGUGUUCCUCGGAGCCUCUGUCCUUCUCGCUCUCAUUGUUAUCACGCUCAGAAAGUUCACUGCUUCUUAGGAAGUGUUUUCAUUUUCUCCCUUCCUCAAUCUCAUCUCUUCUCUUUGCUCUCUUGAUUUCCCAUCUCCUCCAUCUGUACUCAUUGGUGGCAGGUCCUCAUGAAAUGGUUGUUUGCAGCUGCUCUUUACUGUUCCUCUGAGUUUUGUGAUUUGUUUCUCCUGUAUGCUCUUAAAGAACUUUUCAGUAAACAGUUUAUUAUUGGCAUUGAUGGUUCCAACACAGCAAAAUCCCCAGAGUUAAAUCAACUCUGCUGAGAGUGCAUAUGUCC